CGUGUCUUUGUUACCAACGUUUGAGUUACUGAUUGACUGCUGUAGUCGGGGGAGGAUCGACCUACACACGUGGGUUGCAAGGACCGUUGGAAAAGGACGCCUGACUCGGUUGCCUUGUUGGUGGGUGAGAAUCUUCUCCAGAGGCCGAGCGUUCUCGGGACAUAGACAAAGAGAAUCAUUGCGCUAGGCAAAGACAACACACUCUUCCUUAGACAGAUCCCAUGAAGAUUCGGUCGCUGCAACAGCGAGUCAUGAUGCUACUGCUGCUAUUGUCCAGUAUGUGGGCCUUGGUCUUUCCCGAAGAAAGCAUCAACAGUCGUACGGAGGAAGCGGCAGCAGUCGAACCUUGCCCCUUUAUGAUUAUCAUUGACGGAGGUUCCACCGGAAGUCGUUUGCACGUCUUUGAAUUCGUCUACCAAAUCCCAAAGCGGGUGGAUACUGAAUCACAGUAUGCGGAGUCGGAACCGGAACGACGACUUGUUUUGGAACGCCGGGGAUCGGCACGGGCGGACGUGCCCUUGUCGGCCUUUGGACCGACAAGGGAACAGCCCCUGGUCAAAGCAACUCACGUCGCCGCACACUUGCUGCCCGCCUUUGUGCAAGCCGCACGCAUUAUUCCGCCACGCUACCACGCCACUACUACUGUCAAGUAUCAAGCAACCGCCGGUAUGCGGCUCUUGUCCGACCGCGACCAACAACUAGUUUACGAUGCCAUGUAUGAUGGACUCGUUGCCUCGCCCGAUUUUGUCUUUACCGCAUUGCAGCGUGAAGAUAUUCAAACACUAUCCGGCGACCUGGAAGGCUUUUACGGCGCGGUCGCCGCCAAUUAUUUGCAAGGGAUCGUCACGACGAAUCUGGAAUUGGUUGCGCAUCCCGACAUUGACGAAUUACAAAACAAAGUCGUUUCGCACCGUCCCACCGGACAGAUCGGGGCACUCGACAUGGGCGGGAGUUCCACUCAAAUUGUAUUUUUGCCGACUCCCACUUUGGAUACGGCCGACGUAAGCUCCUGCACCAACCCUGCGGUGGACGCACUAGAAAUCGAUAACAAAGAGGACGACGUGUUCGACCGCGGAAACGUGUGCCACGGUUCCACAACAACUCGCUUACACGGACCCGACUUUUUCUCCACGUCCUAUCUUUCGUACGGAGUCGAUCAGUUCCGCGAACGCUUGUGGAAUACCUGGGUUCAGCAGCACGAUACGGAGCGUGCGAACAAGAACGACGAAACCUGCGAUUCCAAGGUCAUUGAGAAUCCCUGCGCGUUUGCGGGGUACGCACUCGAAUGGGACAAGUAUACGCUGAUUGGAACAGGCGAUGCUCAUCGCUGCGUCGAGGAGGUCCAAAGGCUCAUUCCGCAUCCUUCCGAAGCCGACUUGGCCAAGCUAGGUAGCCACGUGGGCGGGGUAGAGCAUCCCCCCAUUCGCGGAAAGUUUCUAGCUAUGAGUUUGUUUUUCUUUGCGCUCGACAGUCUCCGCGAGCUUUCGCGCAAUCACCCGCAAGCUCAUCAGGCAUUGAACGAAUCGUGGCCGACACCAAGCAUUCAAGAACUUUUCGACGCGUUGGAAGGUCUGUGCAGUCGCUCGUGGCACGACGAUUUGGUCAAGAUCCAGCACGAUGCGCACGCAUUUACACGUGCCGAAGUACUUCCGCACCGGUGUCUCGAAGCAGUGUAUAUGGUAACGUUGCUCCGUGACGGAUUCGGCUUUGCGCCAGAGUCCCGAGAUAUCACUUUUACGUUCCUCGUGGACGGGUCGGAAGUGGAAUGGACCCUCGGUAUGGCUCUGGUUUUGCGACAAGAGCAACAGCAGCAGCAUCCCGUGAAAGGGGGUCCGCGCGCAUCGGCUUGUGGCGACGACUCUGAGGGGUGUAGUACCUCAUCAGCACACGCGCCAUCGACCGAUGUCCAAAAUCGUACCAAUCCAAACCGUCCCACCGUUGGUAAGACUUUCGAGCGCUCGUUACGCCUCGAAGAAUGGGCAAAACGACUAUUCUCGUCCAUUAGUUGAUGAGACCCUUUUUUGAUUAUGUGUCUUGUGCUAAUUGUGCAUUUGUAGAGAGAUAGACCCGACACUUUUGAUAGGUUGGUGAAGAACGCUUUUCCGCCAAAUUGAUCCCUAAUGGAUUUUGUUUUUAAAACAAUGAACGU